AUGGUAGCUAGUGAACAAAAAAAGAGGGCAAGUCAAGGGAAGCCUCAUUGUCUUAAAAAUCUCACCCUCUUUAAACUUAGUAAUCAUGAACAGAGCAUGGCCAUUAGGGAGGCUCUUCUAUACAUAGCCAUCCUCAAACUCAAGAUAAAAGCUUUGCAGAGAGAUUUCAAGAUUAUCAAAAGAGAGCUUUUACACCAGUUUCAGGAGGUGAAGGUGGAGAAGAUUGGGGAAAAGUUUCAAGUAAAGAUAGAAAGUCAAAAGGGAGAGAAUAAGCUUGUGAAUAUCCUAGAAGCAUUUGAAGAAAUGGGGUUGAGUGUGGCUCAAGCAAGGGCUUCAUGCCAAGAUUCAUUUUCCAUGGAAGCCAUUGUUGUUCCUCAAUCCAAAGACAAGUUGUGGAGUGUGGAUGAUAUGACUCAAACUCUUGCUAAAGCUCUUGUCAAGCCAAGUGGCCCACUCUAA